GAUUUCGGUACCCUUCUUCCUCACCUCUUCAAUGGCAGCGCAAAAGCCUGGCUCAACGAUGAGAUUGUCAACCAAUACCUCAUCACCAUCACAAAGAUUCUCAACGACGAAUGUGGCUUCGUCUACAAGCGUGGAGGCCCAGCUCCUCCCUACCACGCUUUCUCAUCACACUGGUACACCUCGAUCAAGGGCGGGGUGAAGAAGGUGGAGCGGUGGGCCAGCAGGGCCGGCCUUGGAGGAAUUCAAUUCCUCGACGCCAAGGUCGUGCUGUUUCCGGUGUGCGACGGAUCGCACUGGCGCCUGCUGGCCGUAAAGCCGCAAGACCGCACCAUCGAGUACUUCGACUCGUUGGGGUGGGAGGGGGGGAGGUACGUCGCCAAGCUGGGCGAGUACCUCCAGCACGAGCUGGGGGAGGGGUGGAGGGGGGAGGAGUGGACGGUGGCCCCCGUCCAGCGCAGCGCCCGCCAGCUCAACGGGAGCGAUUGUGGAGUCUUCGCACUCCUCAAUGCGGUGGCGGUCGUGCGUGGGGCGGGGGCGGAGGGGGUGGUUGCCUACAAUGGCAUGGAGGAGGCCAGGGAGAGACUGGCCAUGACCAUCAUCACCGGGGAGGCUCAGGAGCUGGAGUAG